GGAAAAGAAAAAAAAAAGUCCAUAGCGAAACCUCCCCUCUUUCGCGACCCCUCUACCGUUGAUGCCAAAUAAAAAAAAACACGACAACAACGACAACACAACCUUGUAGACAAACUCUUUUCUACUACCAAACUAUUUAACUAAAUCUACUAUUAAGAUUGCUUAUACGAAUAUCGCCGAACCUCACGUUACCUCGAGUAUACAGGAAUUCGUUCCAUGAACUUUAUUACUAUUGUAUCUUCGGCGCCCUCUACCUAAUCUACGCUCAGAGCCCGUAGUAGGUUACCGCGUCUUAGCCCUGCGGGGCACAAUAUCUCGAAGCGAUACAACUUUGACAAACUUUGAUUUCUACCUACUAACAAAACACCACGCCUUCUUCUUCUUCUUUUUCUUCUUCUUCUUCCUCCUUCCUCUCUUAGGUAGAAGUCGUUCGCAAAUCGAAAAUUCGCAAACCUACCUCGAUCAUCACAAAUCAUGUCGGUGCUUCCGGCAGAGACUCACGCAGAGCUAACGCAGCUCCUGCAAGCUCUGCAAUCCUCGGACAACACUAUACGAUCUCAGGCCGAGGGACAUUUGCAAAAUAGCUGGACUAAUACCCGCCCUGAAAUCCUGUUGAUGGGCCUGGCUGAGCAGAUAGCAGCUUCAUCUGAAUCAUCUCUUCGUUCCUUUGCUGCCGUCAUAUUUCGUCGAAUAGCGUCAAAGACACGCAAGAACGACAAAGGCGACAAUUCUGAGGUAUUUAUAUCGCUACCUUUCGAGCAAGCUUCCGUUAUUCGCCAGAAGCUCCUUGAAGCCUUAGCCAACGAGAGAGACCGCCUGGUGCGGAAUAAAAUAAGUGACGCUGUCGCCGACGUCGCAAGACAAUACUCAGAGUCCACCGAGCAAUGGCCCGAGAUUCUAGCCGUUCUCUUUAACCUGAGCGUGGCGGCUGACGCAGGUCAACGCGAGACCGCUUUCCGUGUCUUUGCGACUACACCAGGUAUUAUCGAGAAACAGCAUGAUAAUGCAGUAUUAGAUGCCUUCAACAGAGGAUUCAAGGAUGACUCCGUUGCAGUCCGCUUGGCUGCUAUGGAUGCCUUCGCAUCCUUCUUUAGAAACCUCCCCAAGAAGGAUCAAAAUAAAGUAUUUUCGUUGCUACCCGACGUACUCAACAUCCUACCCCCUAUCAAGGAUUCGCACGACUCUGAGGACCUUAGUAAAGCCCUGGUUGCCCUAAUCGAUUUAGCUGAGACCUCGCCAAAGAUGUUUAGACCCUUAUUUCAUAACCUCGUCAUGUUCAGCGUCGGCGUUAUACAGGACAAGGAGUUAAAUGAUCUCAGCCGACAGAAUGCACUCGAACUCAUGGCUACUUUUGCCGAUUACGCCCCGUCCAUGUGCCGCAAGGACCCCUCUUAUACGACCGACAUGAUCACCCAGUGUUUAAGUUUAAUGACAGAUCUCGGCGAAGACGAUGACGAUGCUGCCGAAUGGUUAGCAUCAGACGACUUUGAUCAGGAAGAGAGCGAUUUGAAUCAUGUCGCAGGAGAGCAGUGCAUGGACCGGCUGGCAAACAAACUCGGAGGCGAAACUAUUCUGGCCCCAACGUUCCACUGGCUCCCCAGAAUGAUGACUUCUAUGGCCUGGAAGGAUCGUCACGCGGCUCUGAUGGCCAUCUCGGCUAUAUCGGAAGGCUGCCGUGACCUGAUGGUUAAGGAACUCAGUCAUGUUCUUGAGUUGGUUGUUCCUGCGCUGAAGGACCCCCACCCGCGAGUUCGUUGGGCCGGGUGUCAGGCUCUUGGUCAGAUGAGCACAGACUUCGCGCCCACGAUGCAGAAAGAGUACUAUGAUACUGUCUUGAAAGCCAUCAUUCCUGUGCUUGAGUCCCCGGAAGGUCGUGUUAAAGCGCAUGCCGCUGCCGCAUUGGUUAACUUUUGUGAGGAGGCGGAAAAGAGCAUCCUUGAACCCUACCUUGACCAAUUAUUAUCCUCGUUAUUCCAACUUCUCCAGAAUGAGAAGCGCUACGUCCAGGAACAAGCCCUCUCAACAAUUGCAACCAUCGCCGAUGCUGCCGAAGCUGCCUUUUCCAAGUACUAUGAUACAUUGAUGCCUCUGCUCGUUAAUGUACUGCGACAGGAAACUGAAAAGGAGUACCGACUACUUCGUGCUAAGGCUAUGGAAUGUGCUACGUUGAUAGCGUUGGCUGUUGGAAAGGAACGUCUCGGAAACGAUGCUAUGGUCUUGGUUGAACUCCUUGCUAAUAUUCAAGAACAUAUCACCGAUCCUGACGACCCGCAGUCGCAAUAUCUCAUGCACUGCUGGGGACGCAUGUGCAGAGUUAUGGGCGUCGAUUUCUUACGCUUCUUGCCAAAUGUCAUGCCUCCUUUGGUUGAAUUGGCCAGUGCCAAGGCUGACAUCCAGCUAUUAGAUACGGACGACGAGAUUGAACAGAUUCAGCAAGAAGAUGGAUGGGAGCUCGUGCCACUCAAGGGCAAGAUGAUUGGAAUCAGAACUAGUACUAUGGAUGACAAGCAUAUGGCCAUUGAGCUGCUCGUAGUUUACGCGCAGACCCUCGAGGGUCAUUUUGCUCCAUAUGUCGCUGACACGAUGGAGAAAAUCGCACUACCAGGUCUCGCAUUUUUCUUCCACGAUCCCGUUCGAUUCAUUUCGGCGAAACUUGUUCCUCAGCUGCUUAGCUCGUACAAGAAGGCAUAUGGCCCCGAGUCGAAUGAACUUCGGGGUCUAUGGGCCGGAACCGUUGACAAGCUGCUCGAGGUGCUUACUGCUGAGCCGGCCAUCGACGCCCUGGCUGAGAUGUACCAAUGCUUUUAUGAGUCGGUCGAAGUAGUCGGCAAGGAUUGCCUCAAUUUACAGCACAUGGGCAAGUUUAUUGAUGGAGUUCACUCGGCUAUCGAAGACUAUAGGGACCGUGUUGCUAAACGCGAAGAAGAUAAGGAAGGGGCUGCUGCCGAGGAUGCCGAGGAUGAAGCCGAAGAGAUCAUGAUUGCAAUUGAGGACGACCAGACCCUGCUGUCUGAUAUGAACAAGGCGUUCCAUUCCAUCUUCAAGAAUCAUGGUCCUGCUUUCCUCCAGCCAUGGGAACGUCUAAUGUCCACGUACACGAGCUUCCUUACCUCGGCGGAUCCUACGCAGCGCCAGUGGGGUCUAUGUAUCAUGGAUGAUGUCUUAGAAUAUUGCGGGCCAGAGAGUGUUCGUUACGCUCAAGCUAUUAGCACUGCUCUCCUGGAAGGCUGUAAAGAUCCCUCGGCUGCCAUCCGACAAGCUGCUGCGUAUGGUAUCGGCGUGGCCGCUCAUCGUGGCGGAGCUCCUUGGUCCCAGUUCCUGGCAACAUCGAUACCCUACUUAUUUCAGGCAACUCAGAUACCGGAUGCGCGCGGUGAAGAGGCUGUUUACGCCACUGAGAAUGCUUGCGCGGCUAUCGCAAAGAUUUUACACUUUAACAAGCAAAGUCUACAGGAUCCCCAAGCUAUCGCAACACAAUGGGUCAAUACAUUGCCAGUCACAAACGACGAAGAGGCAGCACCAUAUGCCUACGGCUAUCUCGUGGAGUUAAUCGAACAACAAAACCCUGCGGUAACUAGCCAGGUCGACAAAGUGUUUGUCUACGUAGGACAGGCGCUCGAAGCUGAAAUGCUCCACGGACAGUUGGGCGCACGCGUGGCCCGAGCAAUUCAAAUUCUACUUCAGUCGGCAAAUGUCGACCCGACGCCACUGUUACAACAACACUUCUCGCCCGAAGGCCAACAAAUCAUUAGACGUCACUUCUCCUAGUUGUGGCAAAACAACGCCCUUGGGUUGGCUGUGAUGACUUUGCUGAGGGCUGCGUGAUAUCGGAUUCGCGCAGGGUUGCUCAUAGGAUUUGGCUGCAAUAGAUUGCAGCGUAAAGGAUGAGAAUAUAAGCCCCAAUCAUGACACUACUCACUACCAUGGACCGAAUCCGCUCACCUACUUCUAAUGACGGGGUGUCCCCCCCUUAACCCCCUCAUCGGGGCGGAAGAUUUGGGAGAGGGAAUAAUUCAGGGAUAGAGUUAUACGCCCUGGUGCGACAACCGAUGUCGCGGUUGCGGGUGAAUGGGGAUGAGAAUGCUGUUCUCCUAGGCGAAUAGGCACGACUAUAGCAGAAGAAUCUCUGUAUCGAGAUUCGAUACCUAGCAAUAUAGAAUCAAGAAAGAUUACCAACGUA